UGAUAGUAUCCGUGAUCUCUCGAUAUUAACUUAGUAGGCCACGGGUUCGAGCUCGUAUUUGGCUUCAGAUCCCCCUCAGCUCAGGUGAAAGCGGUUGACUUCGCUACCGAAAGAACAUCGGUUCUAGACCAAAAGCAUAACCCUGAUAAAGGCGCACCUCUACCUUAUAUCCCGAUUCAAAAAUUUAGAGCAGUCAUCAACAUGGUAGAAUAAGUUACUGGGAAUAUAUAUCACGAUAGCGAAGAUAGUAUAAGUUUCGCCGCCCUGCCGGAAAGUGCCACAAAUGGAUUCCGAAAUCGAGGUGCGACUCUUGCUCGACCCCAAAAAGGUCCUCACUCCCGACUCCAAGCUUAAGAGCUCCGUCCAGUCAGACUUGGGGCUGAAGAAAGAGCCGCGGAAGCUCAAUGUCCAGUUUCUCGACAAGACCAGCCUCGAGCUCUACAAUGCUGGCUGGAGCGCCCGCAUUCGCUAUACAGAGGGGGGUCCCGCCUUCGAGCUGACUUACAAGAAGCGGUAUGCUAUCGCGAGUGAGCAGCAAAUCGAUGCUACCCUGAAUGAGGCAAGCAAUCAGGGUUUUGAAUUUGGCGCAAACGGCAGAUGGGAGGCGCAGAUUGAAUGGGGUUAUGAGAGCUUUACCUUGUCGAUUAGCUACAAGAUACAAGAGGACGGCACGGCGCUACCAAAGGAAGCAGAAUCGCGCCAGAUUUUGAUCGAAAAUGCGCCAUUAGAGUUCGACAACUGGAAUUCUGACAGGUGGGGUACUCGCACAUUAGGAGAUUCUCGCAUCUUCGGUCCCGUUCCUGUCAAACGCUAUGUUGGCUCGUGGGAAGGGAUGCGGCUGUAUCUUGAGGUAUGGCCCAUCCGGGACCGCGCAGGCCGUGAUAUCGUCGAGGCUUCAUUCAAGACGGAGAGUCGCGAAACAGCGUCGAAAAAGAAGAUUAAGUUAAUGGAAUUGCUGCAGAGUGCAAAUUGCUUUCUUGCUGAAGACUCGGCCAAGACUCAACUUAUCAUGGAGAACUAUUGAUGUGGACAUAUGACUGAAUUCAGCG